CGAGGCCAUGUGGGUGACCAAGGCCGAGUGGGAGGAGCAGGGAGUGCGGGCUCUGGAGAAGCUCGGACCGCGAUGAGUGUGAAUGUGCGCAGGGAGAUGGGAUGGUGUGAUGUGAGUUGGGCGAGAUGUUGUUAUAUAUUUAUACGGCUAGAUGAAGCAUGUUAAAAGACGUUGAUAUUUGGCUCUCUCUUCUGAUUGGUGAAUGGUGUUGACAAGAGACUUGAUAUUCAAUGGAUUGAUCUCUCAACGGCAGUUUAGCUUGAGAUUAUCAGCGUACUUGAUACACAGGUCUCUCUCCCUCCCUCUUUUGGGCAUUCCUGGUACUACUAUUCCUAAAUAGUGAAGCCAUUCCUCUUAUCAUCUUGGCUUGACACAAGCUGAGACAAUUAGAUGUCUGGUACUCCGUACCAGCUACACCACGGCGGCUUAGUCAUCUGCCACACCUACACUUUGCAUCUCGGCAUUCUCUGUAGUUUAUACUUUUCCAUGUUGCCAUUUGUUUGUUCAACCAACCAACUUCAAUUGACUUCAUCACAAACGCCCAUUUUGUACCUCUGCAUUGUAUAUCACGCGCUGCUCUCUGCACUUCACUCCCCUGCAUCAUCACAUCAUCCUUCACUGCGCUAUAGACUAGCAUCUCCAUCUCUUCAACAACUAACAAUCAUCCGCUAUUUUGUUUCUCGACUUGUCGCCACUCCUCGGAUUUCUCCGCACCAGCCGGCUAAAGGCAGCAUCGCAUCAGCUCAAAUUCCUCAUCUCAUUCGUCCUGGGCUUCCUUUAUUCCACCAUUCUCUUCACUACUACCGUUGCGAUCUACCCAAUCAAUCCGCCUGGCCACGUGCGAAUACGGAUCAACCACGUAUCAUUCCCCCUUCCUCAUUUCCCCUUCCAGAUGCCGCAUGUCUAGCUCGCAUCAUCUGAGAUCAAGUCCAGCGCCAGUCCAGACACAACGCAAACCAAACCGUUGACU